GAGGCAGGCCAAAAGUGAAUCAUUGCCUUCCAUGGAAAUGCGGGCAAGAGACGGGGGUCGGGCAGCUACACCUGUUGGGCGCCUGCUGCCGGUGGAGCCCUUCUAGGAGCGGGGAAAGAGAGAGGUGGCUUUGGCCGACGCUUUGCAUUUGCGCAACGCCGCUUCAGGAUGCCUUUCCCCGCUUCCUGAUUUACGAGGCGUCGGCUGGCUCCCUUCCAAGCUCCUCCGAACAGGUCGCGCCGUUCCGAGAAUCAACCGCCUUUCCUGGAAAGGGCUUGAGAAAAAGAAACCCCGGCUGCUGCUUCCCCAGCGAAGGGAAGGGAGCGAGGCUUCAGCUUCUCCGCGCGCCUUGCCGAAGGGGAAAAGCCUGCUUGGGAAGGGCAGCCGCAAAGCCCUCGCCUUCCUCCUUCCGCGGGGUCGCAGGAGAGCGAGCCCGCUGCAAGGCUGCGGAGAGGCCCAGCCGAGCAUGGGAGGGUGGCGCGACCCUCGCGGCCUGGCCCUGUGGGGACUUCUGCUGUGCGGCUCGCUGCGGGACCUGGCCAGCGCCGCCCCGGCCUGCGCGGCGCCCUCGGACGCGGGCCAGUUCUGGCACAUCUCCGAUUUACAUUUGGACCCCACCUACCACAUUACAAGUAAUCACACUCAGGUUUGUGCCUCUUCCAAAGGCGUGAAUGCCUCAAACCCUGGUCCAUUUGGAGAUUUCAUGUGUGAUUCACCAUAUCGGCUUAUUUUAUCAGCUUUUCAGCACAUGAAGGAUUCUGGUCAAGAGGCAUCCUUCAUGAUAUGGACAGGAGACAGCCCUCCACAUGUUCCUGUAAAAGAACUCUCCACAAAACUUGUCAUUGACAUUAUUGGUAAUAUGACUUCUACCAUAAGAAGUUUCUUUCCAGAUCUCCAAGUUUUCCCUGCAUUGGGAAAUCAUGACUAUUGGCCACAGGAUCAGCUGCCUGCAUCUGUCAGUGAAGUUUACAAUGCUGUAGCGGAUUUCUGGAAACCUUGGCUUACGGAUGAAGCAGUCGGCACCUUGAGAACAGGUGGUUUUUAUACACAAACAAUUCAGUCCAACAUGACUACACAACCUCUUAGGAUAAUUAGUUUAAAUACCAUCUUAUACUACCCUCCCAACACUAUGACUCUGAAUAUGACUGAUCCAGCAAACCAGUUUGCAUGGCUGGAACGUGUAUUAGAGACGGCACAUCAAAACAAGGAAAAGGUUUAUGUGAUAGGACAUGUGCCAGUAGGUUAUCUGCCUUAUUCUCGAAAUACAACUGCCAUAAGAGAACACUACAACGAGAGGUUGAUAGAAAUCUUUCGCCGGCAUAGCAGCGUGAUUGCUGGACAGUUUUUUGGACACACUCACAGAGACAGCAUCAUGGUUCUUCUAGAUGAAAAGGAAAAGCCAGUAAACUCCUUGUUUGUGGCACCUGCUGUGACGCCAGUGAAGGACGUAUUGGAGGUAGACUCAAACAAUCCUGGAGUGAGAUUAUAUCAAUAUGACCCUCUUUCUUAUAAUCUACUGGAUCUUUGGCAGUUCUACUUGAACCUCACAGAAGCCAACAUGAAAAAUGAAUCAGUCUGGAAACUUGAGUAUGUUAUGACCAAAGCUUAUGGAAUCAAGGACUUAACGCCAGAAAGCUUGUAUGAAAUGGCAAAUCAACUUAGUGUACCUCAAAGCAAAUUGUUCCAAAAAUAUUACAGCCACUACUAUGUGAGUUACGAUGAUCCAAGCUUGUUCUGUGAAGAGCACUGUAGGAUCACCCAACUCUGUGCAAUUAAAUAUUUAGACCUCACCUCUUACACAGAUUGUAUCGGACAUAAAGGCAAAUUACAUGGGUAAAAAGUAGUGCUCACGUUAAAGAAUUGUGUCCUCUAAGGCCUGGUUCUGAUGUAGCAACUGUAACCGUUGUUUCUUCAGCUGAGAACUAGUGUGGUGUCUGCCCACUCCUCUCUUCCUUAGUUUCCCAUUACAAAUGAACUGCUCUUGGUUUUAUAUCCUGGUUACCAAGUCAUGAUUAAACCACAGUUUCUCAGUUGAAAUGUAGCAGGAAAUGGUGGUUUCAACUAAACAGAAUGGAAGCACUGAAGCUAACAUGCAUUGGGGGAAACGCACAGCCACAACAUUAGUUUUUGGUGCAAUAAACCAUGGUUUAUAUAAGCAGAGGCCAUUACUGCUGUAUCGAGCCUAAAUAAAGUCCAAAAAAUAUUUUGCCAAAUUAGAGGCCUGCAAAUUAAUCAAAUGGAAUGUUGUAGAGAGAAUCUCUAUGUGUUAGUGUUGUUGCAAGAUGAAAAUGAAUGAAUUGUACCUCUAAGCAUCUGUAAAGAAAAUUUCCGCUUAAUUUCUUGCUGCUGCUAAGCAUCCAAAGCAUGUAUUUAAUCAACUGAAAGGGGUGGGAUGGGGUGCUUCUCUGUAUUUUUAAAGUUUAGCUGUUUCUUCAAUUGACUCCGGCAGUGUAUGCACACACAAAAAAUAUCUCAUUCAAGUGACUGUAAGUGUAUAUCGCUGCAUUUUGCAAGCCUUUUAGAGAAUUUUUCUUGAAUGUAUGAUUCAUUUAAAAAUAUUUUUAGAGAUAUUUGUAUGGAAAUUGUACAAUUUGUAUAGUAAAAUUGUCAUACGUUGAAUCAUGGAAAGUAUCUGUAUAUAUACAAAGUUAUGGCUUUGUUUCUCUGUAAGUUUUAAGAACUUGUGAUUUUGCUCAAGUCAGGCAAGAAUUCAUAUGGCCAUAAAAUAAUUAUUUUUCUGGGGAAUGGGGUGGAAAGUAAAGCAAUGAAAGGAGGGAGCAGUCUAGUUUCUUACCAAAAAUAAAAGAUGAAAAUAAGAAGAACACAGGCUGCACAAUUUGCUUCAUAUCUCAGGUUCUACAAAUGCUGGAGUUGAACUUAAGUUUUAUACAUGUUGUGAUUUUUCACAUUUUCUUCCAAAUGAAGAUUUUGGGUUAUAGAUUUGCUUUUCUUGCUGAUUUAUAUGAAUGGCUUUGUCUAGCUGUAUUGUAUAGGCUUGGAUUCUAAGUUGCUUCUCAAUUCAUGUAAAGGGCAGCUUUUUGACCAUUCCUCUUUGUCUGUAGCCCUUCACUCACACCAUAUCCAAGAAUCCCACAACCCCCAGGAGCAAAAGUUCAGGGGCUGCAGGUGGAUGGGGUGAGGCCUGAAAUUCCCGUUCUGUGAAUGUGAACUCUGUUCCACUUAUGGAAAGAAAGUUAGGAUCCAAGUCAUAGUGUUUAAGAAAGUUUUGGUUUUUAUGAAUCUUCACCCUGGAAUAAAUAAUAUGGCUUGAUCCUAAGCAUAGUUUACUUCUAUAGCACACAGGCUUGCAGAAAUUCAUUGGUUGUGUACUAGCUCAGGGACUUUCACAAUCUUAUUUUUUAUUGUGUUAAAAUAAAACUUGCUCAUUCCAAGUAGAUCUGCUAAAAA